GUCCAUACCAAUUACGGUACCAUACAGUCAAGUCUCCCGAGGAUAAGAUCGUGUGCAGUCGUGAAGACGAACGAGUCCCGUCAGCGGGGGAAUUUAAAAUUGAAAGACCUGCAAUCUUUGCAGGAUUUUGUACAUCACUAUGUGCGCUAUCCCGCUGGGCAGUUCAUUCAUUUACUGGCAUGCUCGCUCAGGUUGACUGA